CCGCUCGUCUAACUCUGUCCUUUUGAGAAGUAGACGUGCCUUAGUACGGUUUCGCCUCUAUUUCUGCCAAAAAUAAAAGGAACUAAACAGCCCCUCCUUUUUCCCUACUAAUCCAGCUGAAAUAAUGGCACGAGGGAGUAACGAAAAUGAGGGAGGAUGGAAGAAGUUUAUUUGGGAUUCGGAAAAAAAGGCAUUUCUAGGGCGAACGGGAAGCAGUUGGUUGAAAAUAUUUCUUUUCUACUUGAUCUUCUACGGAUGUCUGGCUGGCAUUUUCAUUGGAACUAUACAGGCCCUUCUUCUGACCAUUAGCAGCUACAAACCAACUUAUCAAGACAGAGUUGCACCUCCAGGUUUAACGCACACCCCAAAGACUAUAAAGACUGAAAUCUCAUAUACCUUGAACAAUGAGGGCAGCUACAAGGCCUUUAUUGACUCCAUAGACCUCUUCCUUAAGCAGUAUGAUGAUGACCAGCAAACUAACAAAAUGAAAUUUGAGGACUGCAAAGACCAGCCAAGUGGAUACAUAGAGAGGGGACAAUACGAUAGCUCUGCAGGGGAGAAAAAGGCCUGCACCUUCAACCGUACAUGGCUAGCAAACUGCUCAGGUUUGGAGGAUAAAACCUAUGGAUACUCUUUGGGCAAGCCAUGCUUCAUUGUCAAGUUAAACAGAAUUUUGGGAUAUAAGCCAGAGCCACCCAAGAACAAUGAAAGUAUUCCACUAGAGGCCCAGGACAAAGUACAGCCUAAUGUGAUCCCAAUUCACUGUGCUGCCAAGAGAGACGAAGAUAUUUCCAAAAUAGGACAGAUCAACUACUAUGGCAUGGGCGGCAUAGGAGGAUUCCCGCUCCAGUACUACCCUUACUAUGGAAAGCUGCUGCAACGACAGUACCUCCAGCCCUUGGUGGCAGUUCAGUUCACUAAUCUCACUUUGGACACUGAUCUGCGCAUUGAGUGCAAGGCUUACGGCGAGAAUAUUAACUACAGUGAUAAAGACCGCUUCCAGGGACGAUUUGAUGUGAAAAUUCAACUGAAAUCUCGAUGAUCAUAAGAGUUUAAUCUUCCCUUCCAACUUACCACCCCUCAUUCUAUAUGAAAAAAGAAAAAGAAAAAAAACACACAAAAUAGUCUUGAACAAACUGUCAUACAUAUGGGACCGACACUUACUCGACAUGCUUUACACUAGCUUUUCUGCAUAACCUAGGGUUAGAAUGUAAAUUAAAGAGUAGCAAUAGCAGUAUUUAUUCUACUGUAAAUGAUGAGAAUAUUUGAGCCAUGGGACAUGUUCAUUACUGUAAAUUUAUAAUUCCACUACUGAUGCGUAGCAAGCAGUGUUUCCUGUCCCCCUAAAGUAUUGCUGCCGUGUGGUUUAUAUAUAUUUUUUUGAAGUGUACAAUACUGUAGUUGCAUAAAAUGGUCCUUUCCGAGCCAUGUUGUAAUUUGCGUACUUUCUAAUGUGCUCAAGCUUUAGCGGUCCAAGGUGUAUAUAGAAUUAUAUACUUAACUAGCAUGAUAUGCCCUGAUCAGUUCAGGACUACGUGCAAGAGACUGCACUCCGUAGAGAUCUUUUGCCUUUUCUGUCUAAAUCGUUGAUUGUGGGAUAAGGAAAAAUUGAUUUUUUUGUUUUUUUAAUUUUCACAUUUUCUGGAGUAUGAUGUAGAAACUGUGUGUGAGAAUGGAGCCAGACUGAUGUGUGGGGAAUUUUUUUUUUUUCAAAACAAUGUUUUUUGUCUAUUUUAUUCUGAAAACAUCACUCGGUGAUGUGAAUUUAUAAAGAAUGUUUUACCAUUUUCAUGGUGGAAGAAUUUUAUAUUUAUGCAGUUGUUGUACAAUUUUAUUUUUCUGCAAGAAAGUGUAAUGUAUAAAUAAAAUAAUACCAAAGUCA